AUGGCAAUGGCACAGAAUCAACGGCCCCUGCCCAUGGAGAUGACGAAGCGCAUCGUCGAGCUGGCUUGCUUGCCCAACGGCCCGCACCCGCUGCGCUACAACGCCCCCCAGUCCAGGUGCGCCACGCUGGCCAGCGUCUGCAGGGCAUGGCGGGACUUGGUGGAGCGCCACACAUUCCGCAACCUGCGCCUGGACCGGGCCCGCCUCGCCGACGUCGACCGCAUCGUGUGCCGGCGGCGUCGGGCCUACGUCCGCACGGUGGACCUCGACGUGGAGCUGGAGCCGUAUGGCCGCGACGUGUACGGCGCCUUUGAGACGGCCGAGGAGAAUGCGCGCAACAGCGCCAUCUUCAGCGAGACGCUGCGGCGGUGCUUCGACGCCCUCGGCCGGUGGGCGCCUGCAGGUGGCGGCAGCGGCCUCGACGGCGACGGGGCGGGCAUCUGGCUCAGCAUCAGGACCUUCUCGCCCAGCGACGUGGACCGCUGCGGCGCGGCAGAGAUGGAUAGGCGGAAAGGGGACUUGUACAACCAGGACAUCUUUGGUGACCGAUACGUCCACUCCAUCCUCCAGCUGCUCCCGGCCGCCAGCGAGCUGCCAGUCGUCGGAUGCGUCUCAAGGCUAAGCUCGAGCAAUAGGUGGCACACCAAGGCGCGGCACAUCUCUGCAGCAGCGUGGGCGCUCAUCGUCAACAGCCUGCCGAAUGCCAACAAGAUCGACCUCAGCUUCUGGGACAACGAGAAGAAGGAUCUGGAGCUGCGCAAACGGCUGCGGGACGACAUUGGCGAUGCCCUCGCCCGAAUGCACUGCCCAAACGCCGAGGUGGCGCUCUCAUGCCGCUACGCGACGCCGAAAGACCACUCCAGCAUCCCACCGACACUCAUUGACGCGCGCGGGUCAGAGGACGCCUUCGCGCGCGGUCUGCGGAAAUGGGCGCGGCAGCUCAAGCGGCUGUACCUUUCCGACGUCGUCAUCGCGCCAGAGGUGUUCUAUGCGCCAUCUUCUGACGACGAGGAAGCGGCAAGUGAAUGGCCGUACCUCGAGAGGCUUGAGAUCGAGUACGCAGCCGUGACACCGCACGGAACGUGGCUGUUGGAGCGCGAUCCGGAGGACUCGCCGCGCGACCGCCCUUCGCCAGUGAUUGACAUCAAUGAGUUUGGUCAGGAAAACUUGUGCAUAGAGAUGCCGGCGCCCGAGGACCUGUACGAAUACGACUUCCGGACCCUGCCGGUGGCCAUGGAGAUGGAUCGAAUCCACCGGAGCGUGGCCCGGGCAGCGCGGCGGAUGCCAGCCUUGCGGUAUCUGUAUCUCGGUACGUUUGACCAGGCCAUUCAAUGGGGCCAGAGGUAUCACAGCUUCCUGUAUCGAUACGAUGAGACUAGAGGCGUUGCCACCGCACAUUGGGGGAGCUUGCCGGGAUAUACACCGGCCGAAGACGUGGUUGAGCUUUGGAGGGAGGUGACGGCCGAGGUCCGAGGGUGUCAGCUUGAGGUCUUGAUUGAUGAAGAAGACGUGUAG